GAUUCUAAGACAGAAGGAAAAAGUUUAAUUAAAAAAAAAAAAAAGAAUUUCUGGGAUACUGUAUUGGAAAUAGUGACAUUUGGGGGACAUGUGGGAAGCAGCCCCUCCCCAGGAGACCCCAGGAGAUGUUAGAUGAACUUUUAGGAUUUAAGUGUGCAUUUCCAGGGCUCCUGCCCAACCGGAGGGGAAGUGUUGGAAGGGAUUGAGAUCCUAUCUGGGGAGACCUGAGGUAAAUAAAAGAGGUGUUGAGUAAAUAGCUAUUAAAGCCGGCACUGAGCGGUCCUUGCCAGGCCAGGGGGUGCCAGGCCCAACCUCCCUGCAGCCGUUGAGGUGCCCUCUGGGGAUGCCCCCCUGAGCCUCCCUCCCACCUUCUCCGGGGCAGGUUCUUGGGACGCCCAGACACUUCUUCCUUCUUUCCCUGGCCCUCGGGGAGGGAGGAGUCCCAGCUCUGCUCCCCCAAAGGCCACUUCCAACUCUGAAGCGGCCUCUAAAGUUCUCCCGAGGCCGGGUCUCUUUAAGAGCCGGGAACGCCCUCUGGGCCUGCUGUUGUCACCGCACACGUGAAUCCCGGGAACCAGGAAGCCCGAGCCGGCCGAAUGAACACAUCUGGCUGGGAGGAGUAAGCCCUGGCGGAGGCCUGCAGGGGGGAGGCAUGGAUGGGCCGGCAGCCUGAGGGGCGCCGCGGACCUGCGGGCCUGGGCCGAGGCAGGGCCAAGUCCCCCUGGGUUCUGGAGGUGUGUAUGGGCCCCCCCGCCGGGAGCCGGAGACCAUGAACUGUUAGUUUUUCCUGAGUCUGCGCAUCUCAGGGAGCAGAGGACCCAUGACGGAAGCCAUGUCCGAGUUCCUGCUCCUGGGCCUGAUCGUGGGCCUGGUGCUCACCCUGCUGCUCACCCUGCUGGGUUUUGCCGUGUACUCGGGGUUGCUGGAAGACGUGGUAGUGAGUGCAGGCUCUCCCCCAAUCCGGAACAUCACCCUGGCCUACAAGUUCCACGUGGGCUCCUAUAAGGACUCAGGCCAGCUUUUCACGGAGAGCUGCAGCAUCUCUCCGCGCCUCAGCUCCAUCGGGGUCUACUACGACAACCCCCACACGGUUCCUCCAGAGAAGUGCCGAUUUGCUGUGGGCAGUAUCUUAAGUGAAGGUGAUGAGUCGCCAUCCCCUGAACUCAUCCGCCUCUACCAGAAAUUUGGCUUCAAGAUCUUCUCCUUCCCGGCACCCAGCCACGUGGUGACAGCUGUCUUUCCCUACACCACAGCACUGUCCAUCCAUCUGGCUGUCCAAAGGGUCCACCCUGCCCUGGACACCUAUAUCAAGGAGCGGAAGCUCUGUGCCCAUCCCAGGCUAGAGAUCUACCAGAAGGACCAGAUCCACUUUGUGUGCCCCUUGGCUCGACAGGGUGACUUCUACGUGCCUGAGGUGAAGGAGACAGAACGCAAAAGCCGAGCAGCUGCUGAGGCUGAUGACACCCAAACUGAUGUCACAGGAGCUGACACGCUGAGCGACACCAGCUCCGUUAGUCCGGAGGCAGGACCAAGGAGCCGGGAGAACUCUGCCGCCACGUCCACCAUGUCCCCCGGUGCGGCUGGCCGCAGCUGGGAUGAUCCAGAUAACCGGAGUGAGCACAGCUACAGCGAGUCGGGGGCUAGUGGUUCCUCCUUUGAAGAGCUCGACUUGGAAGGAGAAGGAGCCUCAGGUGACCGCUUUAGCCAUGAGGCUGAGCCUCCUGGGUCCAAGUGGGCCAAGGAGCCCAGCACCCCAGAGAAGGAUGAGGAGUAGCCACCCCUCCUGGUCAAAGCCUCCACCUCUCAGCCCCACUGCCUUGGGGCUUAAUCAAAGAGGAACUGAUCAGAUUCAUCCUUCCCCAUCUCGAGCCUGGCCUUGCUGGGCCUGCCUCUUGCCCUUCUCCUUUAGACCCUUGGCUCUAAGGGCCGGGGCCCAGUGCAGCCCCAGCUGACCCCAUGGGUCUAUGGAGUGGCUCCCUGCCAUCUCCUGACCAGGUUGGGGGUUUGUCUUACUUCCCGCACCCCGAGCUCUUUGCUCUCUUCUCUCUCCCUGGCCUGUUAUUCCCAGCCAGCUGGAGGGAGCACAGUCUCUUCCCUCCCACUCUCCCCUCCCUCAUCAGUCUCUUUUUCAGACUUACAUUGGGACUUUUAGGAUCCAGAAUAAAGCAGAUGAUUUUCAUUUCA